AUGAUGAAAUUCAGCUCAUUGCUAAUUACAACACUAAUGCUCGGACUAUUUAUGCUUUCAUCUGGCUUGGUUUGCUUGCUCCGAGGUUUGGAAUUGUACCAAAAGGAGGAGGCGCAUAAUGCAAUACUGCGGUUUGUGUUCGGCUGUGUGUUCCUUGUGUUCGGACCUGUUGUUAUAGCUGUGGAGCAAAGUCUUCGGCGCUCAAGGUCUUCGUGCAAACGUGACAAGAGGUCCAGAAAGAGACCAGGGCCUCGCUUGAGUCAGCGUUCACAGAACGCCCCCCCUCCAAGAUUGAGACGGCGCCGAGUUUAG